AUGUCGUCGCCCGAGAAGGAGAGAGAGACCCAGGUUUACAUGGCCAAGCUCGCCGAGCAGGCUGAACGCUACGAAGAAAUGGUAGAGUGUAUGAAGAAAGUUGCGAAACUUGAUCUUGAGCUGACUGUGGAGGAGAGGAAUCUUCUGUCUGUGGGAUACAAAAAUGUGAUAGGUGCUCGAAGGGCCUCGUGGCGCAUUAUGUCUUCGAUUGAGCAAAAGGAAGAGUCUAAGGGGAAUGAGCACAAUGUCAAACUGAUCAAGAGUUACCGCCAGAAGGUGGAGGAGGAACUCUCCAAGAUUUGCAGUGACAUUCUCACUAUCAUUGACAAGCACCUCAUUCCCUCUUCCAGCUCCGGAGAGGCCACUGUUUUCUAUUACAAGAUGAAAGGUGACUAUUACCGGUACCUUGCUGAGUUCAAGACUGAACAGGACAGAAAAGAGGCAGCUGAACAGUCACUCAAGGGAUAUGAGGCUGCUUCAGCCACUGCAAACACAGAUCUACCAUCGACCCACCCAAUCCGUCUUGGUCUAGCUCUCAACUUUUCUGUCUUCUACUAUGAGAUUAUGAAUUCUCCUGAGAGGGCUUGUCAUUUGGCUAAACAAGCUUUUGAUGAGGCAAUUGCAGAGUUGGACACCUUGAGUGAGGAGUCAUACAAGGACAGCACCCUUAUCAUGCAAUUGUUGAGAGACAACCUCACUCUCUGGACCUCUGAUUUGCCUGAAGAUGGAGGUGAUGACAAUUUUAAAGCCGAAGAAAGCAAAUCUACCGAGCCUAAUUCUGCUGCGCUCAAAUUUGAGCAAGUUUUCGAGAACUUGGAGCCAAGAUGCAAGUGA